GUUGUAUUAAAGCUAUUUUCUCAGUGCUUUAAUUGCCUUGGAAACAACACGCCUGAACACAGCUACGUACUUCUGUGCGUGUGUCUCUGACAUCAUCGGCUAUGGAGUUACAGAUAUGGCAAUGCCACUCUUGGAGAGGGUUUAGUCUUUCUUGAGACGGACAGCCUAAAGCCACCACCAUCAUGUCGGUCACCUGGUCGGCUAAAGACCACAAAAACACGAAUCAGCCCGCCGCGACCGGACUGAAGCGAGCGCGCAACGACGUGGGGAACAAAGUGACGGUGGUGCUUGGUGCGCAAUGGGGCGAUGAGGGCAAAGGAAAAGUCGUCGAUUUACUGGCGACUGAAGCCGACGUUGUGUGCAGAUGUCAGGGGGGAAACAAUGCAGGACACACAGUGGUAGUAGAUGGCAAGGAGUACGACUUCCACCUCCUCCCCAGUGGAAUCAUCAACCCCAAAAGCACAUCACUCAUCGGUAACGGUGUGGUCGUACAUUUACCUGGCUUGUUUGAGGAGGGUGAUAAAAAUGAGAAGAAAGGUCUGAAAGGCUGGGAGAAGAGACUAAUUGUCUCAGACAGAGCGCACAUCGUGUUUGAUUUCCACCAGGUUGUCGAUGGCUUACAGGAAACUGAAAGACAGGCACAAGAGGGAAAGAACAUUGGAACAACCAAGAAGGGCGUCGGACCUGCAUACUCCAGCAAAGCAUCUCGCACUGGCCUACGUGUUUGUGACCUCCUGGGUGACUUUAAGGACUUCUCUACCAAAUUCAAGAACCUUGUCCAUCAGUUUCAGUCCAUGUAUCCAUCCUUGACAGUUGACGUUGAGGACCAACUGAAAAAACUCAAGGAAUAUGCUGAGAGAUUGCGGCCGAUGGUUAGAGAUGGGGUCUAUUACAUGUAUGAAGCUCUUCAUGGAUCCGCAAAGAAAAUUCUGGUUGAAGGGGCCAAUGCUGCUCUCCUCGACAUCGACUUUGGCACAUAUCCUUUUGUGACAUCAUCAAACUGCACCGUGGGAGGGGCAUGCACUGGUCUUGGCAUCCCUCCGCUGAAUAUUGGUGAUGUGUUUGGUGUAGCAAAGGCCUACACCACCAGGGUGGGAAUUGGAGCCUUCCCCACAGAACAACUCAAUGCAGUAGGUGAACUGCUGCAGACGAGGGGUCAUGAGGUGGGUGUAACCACAGGAAGGAAGCGGCGUUGCGGGUGGUUGGAUCUUGUUAUUGUGAGAUACGCUCACAUGAUCAAUGGCUUCACCGCCAUUGCUCUGACAAAACUUGACAUUCUGGAUGUGCUGGAUGAAAUUAAAGUUGGAGUCGCAUACAAACUCAAUGGAAAAAGAAUUCCCCAUUUCCCAGCCAACAUGGACGUUUUGCAGAAAGUGGAGGUUGAGUAUGAGACCUUCCCUGGUUGGAAGACGGACACAUCUGCUGCCAGGAAGUGGAACGACCUCCCAGCCAAGGCACAAAACUACAUCCGCUUCAUUGAGAACCACAUUGGAGUUCCCAUCAAGUGGGUCGGCGUUGGAAAGUCCAGAGAGUGCAUGAUCCAGAUGUUCUAGAGGGAAAACUUUACCUCCACACUGAUGGAAGCACAGAUGAUGUGGCAUAUUCUCAUCACCUAAAAUGACCAUCAGUUAAUAAACAAUACAACUAUGUAACUUCUUAGCA